GUGUCUCAGGUGGAAAGCGUUGGCCUCGCAGUUCCGAGUGCCCAGGUUCGAUCCCGGCCCUGCCUGUGCGGGUUUCCUCCGGGCACUCCGGUUUCCUCCCACAUCCCCAAAAACAUGCAACAUUAAUUGGACAAUCUAAAUUGCCCAUAGGUGUGAUUGUGAGUGCGGCUGUUUGUCUCCAUGUGCCCUGCGACUAGCUGGCGACCAGUUCAGGUGUACCCCGCCUCCUGUCCGUUGACAGCUGGGAUAGGCUCCAGCACUCCCCGUGACCCUCGUGUGGCUAAGCGGCGAAUAUGUAAAAAAAAAAAAAAAAAAAGAUGGAUGGCUGUAUGAAAUUCAUCUGUACCGAGAACACUGUAACUGCACUGUGACGCUUCUCCUGUUUAUCUAUUCGACUUUAUUUUUACUCCACACGCCAAGCAGGAAAGGCAACUCAAUUUUUAUUUACAGAUGCAAAUUCAGAUCGAUAUCAUGCGUCCCGGCGCCGUGUUACGGCAGCGUUUGUGCUUUUAGUUGCCGUCUCACCGCCCGCCGUGUUACGUAAUGUUUUGUCGCCAGCCGUUUACCAUUUGAAUAAUUUAGCAUAAUGGCUGACGCUUUGAUGAAAUCGACAAGAGGGAGUGAAUAAUCUUUUACUGCUGCUUUUUAUAUGAGCUCAUCCUGUCUGGCAAAUUGACAAUGCGUGUGUGCACGAUUCCCAGGUGGGCUCUUGGGUUUUAUAUGGCUGCCUUCGCCGAUCGAGCCAUUACACGAUGUCGCCAUUUCCGCUUCAUCGUUAGCAUGCGGAUUAGCGCGUGUUCAAGGGUUUCCUUUCAAUUCGUCACUGAUCCCAAUUAGCAUUAGCCACCAAAGUUUUCUUUUCUGGCCUAACCACCAUCAGAAGCGCUGACCUAUAGAGCCCGUGCACGUGACGUCACCAUUUUCACAGCGCCAUAUUGCAGGUCAAACAGAGCUGCUUGACAUUGUGGGGGACAUUGAACCAGAGCAGAAUAUUUACAAUGCCCGAGACUUGUUGUGCUGUUUGUUUUUGUAACAGACGAGACAGAUAUUCAAAGAGAUCAUUCUAUAGAAUACCAGCUGAAAAGACCAGAAAAGAUUGAUGGAUUUCGCAAUUAAACGUGAUGGAUGGUGCCCAACCGAGUACACACGCCUCUGUAGCGAUUGCUUCACUUCAGUGACAGUCAAAUGGAGGACAUCUUGCUUCCCGGGAUCCAAGCAUUUAAAAAGAAAACAAAAGAAGAAGAAGAAUCCCACAAAACACACUAAAUAGAUGAUGUUAAUACAGUCAAAUUAGUAUUUUAAAAGCGCGUUCACCCUAGGUCAGCGUCUAUUUAUGUCUUAGCCUCCAACACCCCCCUCCAGCCUCCAUCCUCCACGUUCGCUUGGCGUCACAGAUCUGCCGCAGGAGAGGUCAAGGAGGGGCGAAGGAUGCGAACACGAGACCCACCUGACCGGCUGGUGGCGUUGCUUUCACUUACCGUAAUUAGCGUGCUCCCGUUUGACUUCACGUUCUGCUCUCCGUGCUGCUUAUCAAGUCGACGUCUUAUGCGGCCCUCGGGUUGCGGGAAGAAGGUUCCGGCCGUGUCGCUCCGGCGACGGCAGCGGUGUGAAGCGAUGGCGGUGAGUCAGCCGGAGAACGAGCCCGUAAGAGUUGAUAUUCACUUCAUACCAAAAAAAAAAAAAAAAAAAGGAUAAUAAUAGAAUGCAUGUAGAAAAAUGACACCUUGUUUUUAGCAGGAUUCAACUAACGAAGGAAAGAAACAAAGUAUUAAGAAAUGUAGGAACGGUGGAUCAGUCGGUUAACCAUUAGCCUCACAGUUCUGAGGUCCCGGGUUCGAUCCUGGACCCGCCUAUGUGGAGUUUGCCUGUUCUUCUCGUGCCUGCGUGGGUUUGUCCCGGGCACUCCGGUUUCUUCCCACAUCCCAAAAACAUGCAACAUUAAUUGGACACUCUAAAUUGCCCCAAGGUGUGAUUGUGAGUACGGCUGUUUUUCUCCAUGUGCCCUGCGAUUGGCUGGCGACCAGUUCAGGGUGUACACCGCCUCCUGCCUGUUGACAGCUGGGAUAGGCUUCGGCACUCCCCGUGACCCAUGUGAGGAUAAGCGGUGAAGAAAAUGAGUGGAUGGAACAAAGGAUGAAUGAACUAAGCUUUGCUCCCCUUCAAAAUGUUGAUGACAUUUAUUGGUUAGUUUAUGAUUUAACAAAUAAGGGGGGGGGGGGAAGUAAGUCACAAAUGAAAUAAGUAGCUUCCCAUCACCCAAAAUUUCAUAGAAUUUACUUAAAAAGUAUUUUUCAUGAUGCAACAACCGAUUAUCUAGGCAGUCAAUUUUGAUGACAUGAUACAAUGAACUAACCUUCCAUCCCAAACAUUUUAAAAAUGUGGUUAAUUUUGUGCAACUAACUGGUGAAUUCAUUCAUUUAGUUUUAGCAUAAUUCAACUAACUACUACAAAUUUUAAGUACCUAACUACUGUAUUUUCCGCAUUGUAAGGCGCACCUAAGAGCCUUUAAAUUUCUCAAAAGCGGACAGUGCGCCUUCUAUACGGAUCAAUGUUGAGCCUUUAGCGCAGCUCCAUGUCAUGGAUGAAUAACGUAACCCCAGCUUUCACUGUAGCAUCUGUUAUAUGUGCCUUAUAAUGCGGUGCGCCUUAUGUAUGAAAAAAAGUUUUAAAAUAGGCCGUUCGUUGGAGGUGCGGCUUAUAAUGCGGUGUGGAAAAUACGCUAAUUAGCUAACUACCACGUCGCUCUGCAAGGUUUUGUCAAAAUUUGCCAGGUAACAAACUAAUCUCCUUGCUUAUUCACGAGCUAACUAGUUCAUGAGUUAGCGAGCUAGCAUUCCAGCAACAGAACGCAAAACUGUAUUCGCUGCAAGAGUAAUUCAUCAGUUUGUGUUUAUGUCUUUGUCAAGCAUUUGAAAUAGACAAAGCAUCAAUUUAGUACCAGAUGGCACAUGAUGUGGUCUGCAGUCUUUUAUUUUUCCAGGUGGCUCCGUUCCAGAUCCCGGCAGGCCAGCUUGUGAAAGUGAGCCCCGAGGUGUUGUGUGACGCCUCACAUCAAAAGCGGGGUUGUUACUCACCGGUGGCCGUCUUCAAGAGGCUGCUAUCAACGCUCGGCGCAAUGACCGCGAGAGGAGCGUCAUCGCACGUCGCCUCGGCAACACGCCGGUGCGAGCCUGUCGUCGGCUGACUCCCGGGGCCUUCCGACCGCUGUUUGAUGGUCAAAACCUGACCGCGACUCACCGCUGGCCUGUCUUUGAGCUUCCGAGGCUUCAUCACGCUUAACGUCAGGCCAGUCUCACAGGUGAUCAGGUCGGUCCGGUUCUUGGGCUGUUUACAUAUUCUCUGGCCCCACCCCUUUCUGCGCCGCCACUUCCUGCUUCACGCUCACCUCGGCCUGUCAUAGCAAAGACACGCUCGGAUGUCUCCCGCUUGUGGUCCACCUGACCAGAUCUAACCGGACCCCCCAGGUUUAAGCUCACGAUGGCCGAGUCCCCCGCAGCGACUCUCAGUGACCCCGUCUGCCAGAUCUGCCUGCAGGCCCUUGUCCAACCGCAGGACGUGCCCUGCGGACACACCUCCUGUCGUGCGUGCCUCGCCAGCUCCCUGCUCCACGGCAACGUUUGCCCGGUUUGCCACGAGCCCCUCGAGAUGCGGAAAUGUGAGAAAGACGGCCCGCUGGUCCACCAAAUGCUGGACAAGAUGAGUGUUGCUUGCCCUCCCGCUGAAGUCCAGACACAUGGUGACCUGGAGAACCCUGUGAAUGACAGCCAGCAGCCUGAAUCGGCUGUGCCAAUUGAGGAUGCCCCGCUACCGCCAGUUUCUUCACCCGGUUCGGGGCGUCAUUCGCCGCCACCGGACCUGUGCGUCUCGUGCGGCCACAGCCACCAGCUGGAGGAGAACCACGAGUACCUUUACAAAGACGAGGUGGACAGCGACCUGAUGUGCCACAUCUGCCUGCAGCCGCUCAUCCGGCCGCUGGACACGCCCUGCGGGCACACCUACUGUCAGGAGUGCCUCACCAGCUUCCUGCUGGAGAGCGACUUCUGCCCGGUGUGCCGCACGCCCCUCAUGCUGCAGAGCUGCAGGAAGCCAAGCCUGCUGGUGCACAAGCUGCUGGACAAGCUGACUGUGGUUUGCCCCUUCAAGGAUCACUGCACUCAAGUCCUGGCCCGCGGUGAUAUGGAGGACCACAUCAAGUGCAGGUGCAAAGGCGCGUCUCACUAUGGACUCUCGGCGGACAGGAAGCGGCGCUCGCAGGAGGGCGAGUGCACGGACAGCACGUCGGAGCUCACCAUCGCCACGCUGCCCGGCGACGGCCCGACGUCCGCCGCCGUGGCGCUGCUGUCGGACGAGGCGGGUCUGGUCAACCCGGCCUUCGACGCCAGCAUGGAGGAGCACAGCCAGUCGGGCAGCACCGGCAGCCUGGCGGCCCGAUGCGGCAGCAAGAAGAGUGAGUUGCGGAGCCGUUCCUUCCGGAGGCUCAACCGGGCCUUCAGCGUCCUGCGGAGGACCAAAAGCGGCACCGCCGUCAACCACGAGACCUCGGAGGAGCGCGACAACGCCAGGAAUUCCAGCGUGCCGCAAGGAGUGUUGGCCCUGCCGCAGCUCCACCACCUGAUCCCCGACGGCGAAGUGACCAGUAUUAAAAUCACUCGCGCCGAGCCGUGCGAGCCGCUCGCCAUCAGCGUGGUCGGCGGCAACGAGACGCCGCUGGUGCGGAUCCUCAUCCAGGACAUCUACAGGGAGGGGGUCAUCGCCCGAGAUGGGCGCCUGCUGCCCGGGGACAUGAUCCUCAAGGUGAACGGCAUCGACAUCAGCAACGUGUCCCACUGCUACGCCGUGGCCACCCUCAAGCAACCGUGCCAGCUCCUGCGUCUCACCAUCCUCCGGGAGCAGCGCCACCGCUACCGCCACCCGCACGCGGCGGCCAUCGCGGGGGCCCACCAGUCCCACGGCCCGGCCCACCACCACCCCUUCCGGGACGACAGCGUCCACGUGGUGCUGAGCAAAAGCGCGCCGGACGAGCAGCUGGGCAUCAAGCUGGUGCGGAGGCCCGAGGAGCCCGGCCUGUACAUCUUCGACCUGCUGGAGGGCGGGCUGGCAGCCCGGGACGGGCAGCUGUGGGUCGGGGACCGCGUGCUCGCCAUCAACGGACACGAUCUGCGCUACGGAGCCCCGGAACAUGCUGCACUCCUGAUACAGGCGAGCGAGGAGGGCGUCCACUUCGUGGUGUCGCGCCAGAUCUGCUUGCCGACGCCCGACAUCCUCCACGAAGCGCCGUGGGCCACGGACGGCCCCCCGCCGUAUUCCCCCGUGGACAUCGAGCAAACGCUGCUGGAUUCGUGCCAGAAGCCGGCCUGCUACGAGAAAACGGUCACGCUGACCAAGGAGCCGUACGACUCGCUGGGCAUGGCCGUGGCCGGCGGCAUGUCCAGCCGCGGGUGGGACCUGCCCAUCUACGUCACCAACGUGGACCCCGACGGCGUGGUGGGCCGGGAGGGCUCCAUACGCAAAGGCGACAUCUUGCUCAACGUGAACGGCGUGGACCUGACGGGGGUGACGCGCAGCGAGGCCGUGGCCAACCUGAAGAACACCUCGUCGCCCGUGGUGCUCAAAGUCCUGGAGAUGCGCCCCCCGGACGAAGGCCCGCCGGAGGGCGAGCCGCCGCGCUGCCUGGCGCCCUCGCCCGACGGCGGCACCAAGAGCCCGCCGGCCAACGGCGACUACUCCCCGCUGUGGGUGUCGUGGCUGCAGCUGCCCAGGCAUCUGUACAGCUGCAAGGACAUCGUGCUGCGGCGGAGCAUGUCGGGCAGCCUCGGCUUCAGCAUCGUGGGCGGCCAGGAGGAGGUCAACUGCAACCAGUGCUUCUUUAUCCGCUCCAUCGUCAAGGGCACGCCGGCCUACAACGACGGCGGCAUAAGGUGCGGCGACAUCUUGCUGGAGGUGAACGGGAAGAGCACGUGGGGCAUGACCCACAUGGCGUUGGUCCGUCUCCUCAAGGAGCUCCGAGGGCGGAUCACGUUGACCAUCGUGUCCUGGCCGGGGAGCCUGAUGUGAACGGACUUUCGAGCCCCUCCCCCCACUCGAGACCGGACUUGCUAGUCUCUCGGAACACGGACGCGGAACCCUCGAGGUUCUACCGCUGUAAAUGUCAGGUGUGUAAACAAACAAAAAUACCCUCAAUCUGUUUAUCAUACAACAC